UAGUCAGAACCUUGGGAUGCGCCAAGAUACUGGUUAGGUAGGUAAAACUUGGGUGUAUUGGAGUGAGCCUAGAGGUGCCCAGAGGCCCGUGAAACGAAACAGUUGGGUAUUUUACCAGCGAGUAGAAUAAAAGAUUCCCGAAAAAAAAAAAGAAUAAAGAAAGAGGAGAAACAAGUGUAGUGAUGGCUGUGUGAGAGUUGACGAGCGGAAAUGCGAUCAAACAUGGAGAUCGCAAAUUCUCAGAGUCUCUGAGGCAGUUUUCUUUGAUAAAUAAUCCCCCCCUUUUUUUUGUUACUUCCAUCCCCCUUUUAUCAUUUUACACCUGUGGUUAUACAAUUGUACAUUGUUUAACGCGAGGACUCGAGGAUUUUUCAAGAGAACGAGGGCAAACUCCUACGCAAAGGCUAGAGGCAAAAACGAGGGGAGUUGUUUUUUUUUUUUAUAUUUUUAUAAUUUCUGGAAGAAAAAGUGAAAUACCAAGAUACACACACGUUGUCCGGCCAGCACGCGGCCAACGGCUGCAACAGAAUGGAACUCCGCGUCGGCAGUAGAUACCGACUCGGACGGAAAAUUGGGAGUGGUUCAUUUGGAGAUAUUUAUUUAGGCACCAACAUCUCCACGGGCGAAGAAGUCGCCAUCAAGUUGGAAUGCAUAAAAACACGUCAUCCACAGUUACACAUAGAGUCGAGGUUCUACAAGAUGAUGCAGGGUGGUGUUGGCAUACCGACAAUAAAAUGGUGCGGAUCGGAAGGUGACUACAAUGUCAUGGUUAUGGAGCUACUUGGACCCUCACUGGAAGACUUAUUCAAUUUUUGUUCACGUAGAUUUACGUUAAAAACAGUUCUUCUACUUGCUGAUCAAAUGAUCAGUAGAACAGACUUCAUUCACAGUCGCCACUUCAUCCACCGUGACAUUAAACCUGAUAAUUUUCUGAUGGGACUAGGUAAAAAGGGUAAUCUCGUGUAUAUUAUAGACUUUGGAUUGGCCAAGAAGUAUCGAGAUGGUCGUACACACAGACAUAUACCGUAUCGAGAGAAUAAAAAUCUUACAGGAACUGCCAGAUACGCUAGUAUAAAUACACACAUGGGAAUUGAACAAUCCCGGAGAGACGAUCUCGAGUCAUUAGGUUAUGUCUUUAUGUACUUCAACAUUGGAAGUUUACCUUGGCAAGGACUGAAGGCUGCUACUAAAAGGCAAAAGUACGAGCGGAUAUCGGAAAAGAAAAUGUCAACACCUAUCGAUGAUCUUUGCAAAGGAUAUCCCGUUGAAUUUGCCAAGUACCUAAAAUACUGUCGACAAAUACGUUUCGAGGACAGGCCAGAUUACUCAUAUUUGCGACAACUAUUCCGCACCCUUUUCCAUCACGAGACCUUCACUUACGACUACGUAUUUGACUGGAAUCUGCUCAAAUUUGGUAAUGCCAGACAGCAAGCAUUGCCACCAGCCCAACAACCACCAACUCACUCACAGCCAGCUAAUAUUCCACUGUCGUCUGGUACGAAUAAUGAGCAAGAGCAUCCAUCAAGAAUGUACACCCGCCAAUGCCUCGCAAACGCCUCAGGCACAGCAGGUGCAACAGUAAGCACAUCAGGGCGUCGUCAGAAGCACGAGACUGAUCAGGAGGAUUCCCAAGAUAAGAAUGAUCUCCAAGGUAAAAUACAAUUCUACCAAAAGUUGUCCUCUAGCCAUCAGCAGCUGACACCAGUUAAGCACGUGUCAUCAAAACCAGCAAGUGGUCCUAGUGGUCAUGGUGGUGGUUUACCACUGGGACAAUCACUAACACCAGAACGCCAAUACAAAUUCAACACAUUCAAGCUCACCCAACCAUCUCAAGCCCAAUCAACCCCUGAUAAUCUCGAUAUAUCCGGUAUUUGUAUUGGACAGAUUGACAAACACAGGGAACACAUUAAUUACAAUUCUCAGCGUUCACACAAUUACUAUCAAUCAUUUAUAAAACGUUUACCCAAUGAUAACGCGGAAACACGUCGUAUUGACAAACAGAGUUAUUUUUUUCAUGGGCAUAAAACUGAGAAAAAUUUAAAUUCAAAGGAAAAAGUAACGGUGGAGGAGAGCUACAAUAGAUCACAUAAUUCACUGGACGAUGUUGUUGACACUACAUUGACCAGUUUCUACGGUCCUGGCGAAAUUAAAGACAUUGAAAAACCGAAGAACGUGGAAUUCACUGAGCUCGAGGGUGAGAUAUUCAAGAAAAAUUCCAUUCAAAAUGAAUCAAAAGGUUGUAAGAGCCUAGAUUCCCUAGACAGCACUGCAGACUGGCCUGCCAAGAACGCCAAGAGUCUCGAUGAGCUCGAAAAAACUCCCACCCCAGGAUACUUUUCACGCAAUAAAACCUACAGGACUGUGGACUCCACGACAAAACGAAAGCGAACAAAUAUAUUUCAUCGCAUUGGGCGUUCCCUUCAUUUUUUACCCAGAGGGAGGAAGGAGGGGAGUCCCCCGGAUCCUCGAAGGGACCAGGAGCAUCUCCAGGAGAAGUCUGAUGAGUAUUUUCUGAGGAAAAAUCAGGACAAACAGAUGCAUUUUUUUGAACUAUCCAGGAGUGAUUUUUUUGACAAAAGGAGGCAAAAAGUCACGAGUGAUAACGAGAGGGAGGGAGAGGACGAGGAGGAACUCCUGAAGGAUCUGUUUGGGAUGAACUCAGUGAUUGAUAAGUUUGAAAGAUCGAAUGGAGAUGAUUAUUCACUUGGAACAAGUGCCAAUAAGGAUAGCCUGGAGAUUGGUUACUCCAUCAGUCAAUUUGGAAGACUUUAUCUUCAAAAUGUACGGCAGAAUGAGGGGUGGGGCGGGGGUGAGGCAAAGGGGGGAAAAAGGAUCGAGUGUUACAGGGAUCUCAAGCCUCAGGGGAAUCUUGAUAUCAUCAAGGGAAUUCUCCUGGAUCUAUUCGUUUGCAUUUGCAUCUGAAUUAUCUUGGAGGGGAGGUAGUCUCUUACCACCGUUACUUAUUUUUGGAAAUUUUGGUGUUAGGAGUUGAGGGGAGAGCAUUGUAGCCUCGUCAGAGUAGGGAGAUUGGGGUGAAUGGAGUCUUUGAUGAGAGAUUUCUGGAGAUCGGCUGAGCGAGAUCCAACAAGUCUGGGCUCAUUUUCAAGGGUGGAAAAAUGUCUUUAAAAUGAGCACAGACUUGCCGCAAUCAGACCACUGGAUCCGGAGAUAUUGUAGAUUAAAGAAGAUUUUUGAAAAGUUUAGUUUUUUUGAUCCAGGAAAAACCGGGGAUUAUCUCAGGGGGGAGUCGGUUUACGAGAAAAUGUCAAAAGAUCUCUUUUGAAGAGCUUUGAAUUCUCUACAAAAAACGUGUUGUGGCAUUUUGUCGUAGCACUCCUCGUUACCAAGCUAUUGCGAUAAUAAAAAAAAGAAAAGAAAAAAUUCGGAUAAUUCCGUGGAAAUUAAUGCUCCAUUUUGCCCCAUUUCUCUCCUAAUUCUUAAAUAGUCCAGUUGUCAUACCAAUUUUACUUAUUACCAACCGAUACAUAUAUGUUCCUAUGAUUAAACUCAAUGCAGUUCGCGACUUAUACCAAAUUAUAACAUUAAUACGUUCAAUAGAUAAUAGAAUAUCCUAGGUAAACCUAUUUUAAACGAUCAUAAAUGACGCACAUCUGACAAAAUUCAUUACAUACGGCUGACUAGUGAUCAUUUGGAAAUCAUUUAGUAUUUUUUAUUGAGAUUGUGGCGAUGAGACUGAUCAAUACAGUCAUUCAUUCGUUAUUUUAAACUUGAGACUGCGAAAAUUUUGAUACUCUCGUUUUUUUUUAUUAGUUAAUUUACGUCUUCUGGGGAAUUAUGAUGACUUUUAAUCCCUGUGUUCACACUUUUUAUACAUAUUUACACAAUUUAAUUCGUAGUUUAAGGACUCUAGUGUGCAUCGUAUGAGGGAAUCAGAAUUCUGGUGAAAUGAGAAUUAUUUUCAAGUUUUUCGAUUAUUUUUUUGUUAUUUUUUGAUUGAUGGAAUAAUCUUGGGGUUUGCUCUUAAUUUUGAGGAUCAGAGAUGAUUAUCAAGUGCCUUAAUACACUAUAAGAUACGUUUUGCAGAUCAAAUAAGACGAAAAAUAUCUUCAUUUCACCAGUUUUCUGAGAUUUUUCAAUUUUUUCUCAAUUUAUCGUUCAAAUGUCCCCAUUUUUACGGACAUUUAAUGCCAUUUGAUAAAUGUAAACUUAAUUAGGAAGAUUUUUUUCUCCUCCUUUAUUUUAUCGAUUUAUUAAUUAAUUAUAAAGUUCAUUAGACAAAUGAAUUAUAGAAAUAAAUGUUUUUCCAUUCAA